UGCGGGGACAACGAGGCCGUCUUUGGCCUGGCUGUGAGUUUCUGGAGCUGGCCUUUGCUCGCCCUCCAGGUCGCCUCUCCAGCAGCUCUCCGUGCUCUCCCCAGCCUGCCGCUCCCUGCCCGGCCUGAAAGCUGGCCUAGGGGCAGGCUCAGGGGCAGCAGGCCGGGUGCAGCCCUGCGUCUCCCCUCGGGCCCUGCCUCAUGGACACCCUGGCACUGAGCGCUGCCUCGGGCUGCUUUGUCUCUUGCAGGCAACCCUGGUGCUGUGGAGGAUUGCCCCCAUGUCCGAGUGGCAUUUUGCGAUUCUCCUUCACUCUCCCCAACUCUUCGUGGCUCUGCUCCUGCAAAUUGUCACCAUCACAGAGCAGACGGCAGAGGACGCGGAGACCCGGAGCUUCUGGAGAGCGUGCCAGGAGGAACACGGCCUUCCCGGCAACCCCAGCAGCUUUGCAGCGCAGACCAUGAAGGCUCUGCUCUCCACACUGGGCUUUGACAAAAAGCUGAUGGCUCUGGAGGACAAGCGGGUCUGGCAGAAGCUGCUCUGUGCCCCCACCCAGCACUAUGCAGCGGCUCUGCUGGCCAGGGAGGUGCGCCGUGCCUUGGCCCCCUUGUGUCCCUUCAUGGCCUCGCACCUGCUCGGCCUGCUCAUCGGGAAGCAGCCACGCUGCCCUCUGCCUGCCCUGGCUUUCUUUCAGCUGGCCGACCCAGACGCAGAGAUGGUCGGCAUGACCCUCUGUGUGCUGACGUGUGUGCUCCAGGACAAAGACCUCGUGCUACCCAGCGUCAUCGCCCUGAAGCUGGCUGAGCCCCUCCCGCCCCACUUUGAGAACGACAACAGCCACGUGCAGCGGCUCUCCAUUGAGCUCUUCUGCAUGGUGAUGGACCUGGUAGUGGAAGAGGGGGAAAAUCCUCUGACGACAAUCGUGAGGAGCUCGGCCGCCUCCUGCCCCGGCGCCUGGCGGGCUCCAGCCGCGCCUGGCCGUGGCACAGGGACACGGCUCCCGUGCCCCAGCCUGAGGUGCCACCUGCGGCUCUCUGCCGCUCUCCAGGCCUCUGGCGAAGCCCUGCUUUGUGCGGCACGCUUCCUGAAGAGGAGGGACCUCGAGGAGCUGCUGCUGAAGAAGCAGCGGAUGAAGUUCGCCGAGCGCCUGCUGCUGCAGGACGAGAGCCGAGCGGCCGAGCACCUGCGCUGGGCCCUGCCGUACCUGCAGAGCCCGCAGCGGCCCGUGCGACGGGCGGCCGUCAGGAUCAUGGGGCUGGCCGGAGUGCUCGUGACGGGGCAGAAGGAGGAGCUCCAGGUCCUCACUGAGGCUCUUCAAGCCCUGAGAGGAGAUGAGAGGCCAUCCUGCAUGAGCAUUGUGCUUCAGCUCAUGUUCGAAAGAAGAUCUGCAGGACUCGGUUCGUCUGCUGGAUCAGAUGUUCCGGCCUCCUUUGGGGAUUGCCAGUUCCCGUUGAAGAUGGGAGCACCUGCAGAGCAGGAUGGACCAGCUGGAGCUCCAGGCACAGCUCUUACCGCUCAGAGCUGAGCCUGUGGGAAGCUCCAGGAGCUCCUGCCACCUCUCUCCCUGUUGGCAGCUCCUUCCUUGCAACCCUAUGGCCUUGCCCAACCCCUUUUUUACUUCCCAGCUCACCCCUUGGCUUUGCUUUCCCUUCAUAAACAGUUUCCCAAAACCCUAAGAUGGGAGCACCUGCAGAGCAGGAUGGACCAGCUGGAGCUCCAGGCACAGCUCUUGCUGCUCAGAGCUGAGCCUGUGGGAAGCUCCAGGAGCUCCUGCCACCUCUCUCCCUGUUGGCAGCUCCCUCCCUGCAGCCCUCAGGCCCUGCCCAUCCCCUUCUUUGCCUCCCAGCUCACCCCUUCCCUUGGCUUUCCCUUAAUAAACAGUUUGAGUUUUUCACUUGA